UCCUCUGAUAGUUUGUGUGCAGUUUAUCCACAGUCAUUAUAUUUUAGUCUGCCCUUACUUUUAAUGUAAAACUUUAUUCUGGGUAGGUCAGUCUGACCUUUUUUGUGGUAUCUGCUACAUUCUGUAAAUAAGUAACAUUGGGUCAGAGAGUAAUCUGCAUGUGGCAUGACACUCCAAGUCAUAAAAAGGUCAUAUGGUUUGUCUCUCUCUGUCCGCCUUUAUUUUGUUCAUUAUCGAGUGCUCUUUGGGUGGUUUGUGACUUCUUGUCGUUGUAUCUCCGAAGCUAAAACUAGAGCAUUAUCUAACCAUGGAGCUGUAACUUUAGAAUCCUUGUUUAUUCACGAAUCAACGUUAAUUAACAACGCCUACUGCUUUCAGACAGCAAAACACCUAGCAGAGUAUAAAAGGGGGGGCGGUGGAGGAAGAGGCUUGUUUUUGUUCAAGGAGCUAGUCCAAAGCAGAGCUGAACAGGGGGACGGAAAAGUUUUGACUAGAGGUUCAGGGGCAGAGGGAGGUGCCUCAGGAUCCGUCACCGGCCUGGAAGAUCGGGGAGGUGGAACCCAUGAAGGGGCUUCCAGAAUGGACGGCCUGCGCCAGAAGCUGGAGAGUCAGGGUCUGAGGAAUGUGGUUUACAUGGUCAUCAACCACCAGGGGGAGAAAGCACAACGCCUGCAUCCACUGCUAAUGGAAAGACUUCCAGAAGGCAUCACACUCUACAAACAGAACAAGCACGAGCCCGAUGUCUGGCAGACACUGAGAGGAGAAAAAGAUGACUUUCUCAUCUAUGACAGGUGUGUGCGAUCAAAGAGACAUACUGCAACCGCACAUGUGGAGAGUGCUCACAUGAGACUGCUGAGACACCAAACGAGUGCAAACAGAAAGCCGAUGCACAGCCGGAAGCAGGAUUGGAUGACACCCAACAAUCUCCCAGACACCAUGGACAUGGUCACCAUGGUCAUCAUGGUGACCAUGGUCAUCAUGGUCACCACGGGGAUAACCCUGGAGUCCAACCUCGAGGCUUUGGGGUGGGGCGUGAUCACCACCAUGGUGAUCACCAUGGAAACCAAGAAGGUGUAGAUCUCGGACAAAGUCAAAAUCAGCCAGAUUUAAGACCCCAGGGCCCUGAUCAGCUUGAUGUCGGUUUAUCUCAAAGUCAGCAUCAAUUAAUCAAUAUGCAACAAGCAGCGCGCAUAGAUCAUGUGUCACACGAGGCCCAAGGCGCCGCCGUUAGACCGUGAGUGUCAGAGAAGAGCGGGUGAAAAUCAAAGUACAGCUGACAGCAGGCAACGGGCUCUGAGAACGAAGCCUCUCCCAAGGUCAGCUGAUGCUGACACUGACGCCGGCUGUUUGGGGACGCAGGGAGCCAGCAGCCGCUCGGCCUCUGACACUGUGGUGAGGCGCUGCCCGCCUCCUGACAGUGACACGGGCUGAACGGCGGCGCGGUCGACAACGUCAGGGAGACCUGACAGUGACGCCUGCCUCCCGCUGCCUGACAGCAGCCUCAGCCGCCCCAAUGAGCCUGACCCCCCGGUGUCGUUAGCUGAGGAUGAGAGCAGCUGUAAGCUAGCAACACUGGUGUUAGGAAUUUGUUUUACCAACAAGUAUUACCCUGGGAGAGGAGGAUAAGCAAAUCCGACAGGAAAAUGGAGCAGGUAGAGUCCAAAUUACACAAAUCAAAUUGAAUUAGACUUUUUUUUUAAGACACAAAGGGCAUAUUGGGUAAUGCCAGGUUAUCAUCCCAAUGAGGGACUGAGUUUUAAAGAAUGUGGCACAUCCUACCUGUCUCGAUUUUUCUGUUUGUUGGUUGUCCCCUCGUCUCAGGAGUGUAUGUGAUGGCCAUGUUCAUAAAUUGCCUCCUCAAUUAUGUUCUCACCAUCCUUUAUGAAGCCAGAUGCAGAAACUAUGCUCUAGUGGCGUCUGUCUGAUGUCAGGCAGGUGAGAGAGGAGAAGGCAGUUCAGGAACAUGACAAACACAGAAUAUUUCUCUUAGUAAAAAGCAACCAAAAAGAAAACAUGAGAAACAUUAUGAGAUAAGUGCUGUUUAGCACAUAUCAUGAAUGAGAUGGUCAUCUGGAAAAUGGCAAUUCAACUAGUUAAGAGCAACAUAAAAAAAAGGAAUGAAUGAAUGAAUUGCUGAAGUCACUCAAUAUCUCUGUGUUUGAAAAAUAAGCACAGACUACUAGGGGAACUUUAAAAAACUUUGUAUUACUAAGCAGUAAAUUGUAUUUGUAAGCUGUGCUAUUGGACAUGUAACAAAGUUACUUCCAUGAGUUUCUUUCCUUUAGUUUUUCUCACCAAUGCAUUACAAUCAUUACACAUCUCUUGUAGGUAUCCAUCUCUUUCUGCUGAAACACUUUAUGUUAGCAUUACUUUUCCUAAAUAUUUUACAAAGACUAGCAAGUACCCAGUAGAACACAAGGCUUCAUUUAAAAAAAAGAUUUAAAAAAGUUUUGUUAUUUGGAAAGAGGCAAAGGAUUUUGAAGAGAGAAUGAAUGAAUGACUGUUGGAACAAACUCUGUACUUAAUGAUGGUUUCAAUGGAAAGGUCAAAGGCCCCCUGAAAACCUGAUGUUUGCACAGAGCUUUGUAUUGUGUUUAGGCUGUUGAAGAUGAAAUCCAUGUGCUGAAUAAAGAGGGUUUUAGUUACUCAGUUAGUUUGACUGUGUUUUCUUGCCAAAUAUCAUUCGAUAAAAUUUCUCUACAUUAGAGGAUUUUUGGUUUUUUUAUUGACUUGUCCUUGCUAUUAAUUAGUUUUCUUUUGUU